CUGUAACCGGUCGCUGAUUGGUUGCAUUGGAGGAGAGAGGCAGAGCGUGUGGCCACGCCCAUCCAGCAGCGGUUGGUCCUGGGCUGGCUUGGAGGAGGCUAGCGGUGGCCAUUCAUUCUUCUGCGGUCCGCCGGAGGACGUGGAACAAAAAAAAAAUAAAAGGCAGAUCCGGAGGAGGAAAAAGUUCCUAAAGGGAGGACAAAAAUCCAGCGACAAGUCACGGAGAAAGUAAUCCAUCUUGGCGGAGACUUCAAGCGUCCUUCCUUAUCGCCCAUUCUCCAAGAAGAGACUUGUCCUCGCUUGGGCACAACUACAAAAUCCAUCUCGAGGCUUCCACGUGAGAGGCGUGUCCCAUGCGUGACAUGACGCCGGCAGGCGGGCUCCGGGGAACGCCGCUGUAAAAGGAUGUAGACGGCUAGCGGCAGGCGGCGGAAGACGAGUGCCAAGGAAAGCCGAGCUGCGAGAGGCGAGGAGGCCGGAUAAGAGGAAUCCUCGAGCAGGAAGCGAAGCGGUGUUUAGGACAGGAGCACAAAGGACCAGAGGACCACCCCUCCCCUCCCCCCCGCCGCCACCCACCCCAGCCGUCGCCAGCAUGUGCCAUGUGAUCGUCACCUGCCGCUCCAUGCUGUGGACUCUGCUGAGCAUCGUGGCCGCCUUCGGGGAGCUCAUCGCCUUCAUGAGCACCGACUGGCUGGUGGGAUACCCGCGCACGCCCGACGCCGUCUUCGGCCACCACGGGACCACGGCGGCCGGGGAGGCCUACCGGCCCACGCUGGGUAUCUACGGCCGCUGCAUUAAGCUGCCCCACCUGCAGCGCGGCGUGCUGUGCGGGCCCUACGCCGUCCACUUCGGGGAGAUCGCCAGCGGGUUCUGGCAGGCCACGUCCAUCUUCCUGGCGACAGGCAUCCUGCUGCUGUGCGCCGUGGCCUUCAUCUCCGUGUUCACCAUGUGCUUCCAGAGCAUCAUGAAGAAGAGCAUCUUCAACGUGUGCGGCCUGCUGCAAGGCAUCGCAGGUCUCUUCCUGAUCCUGGGCCUGAUGCUAUACCCCGCCGGCUGGGGUUCGGACAAAGUCCAGCUGUACUGCGGCCUGGACGCUGCCCCCUACAGGGCUGGCCUGUGCUCCAUGGGCUGGGCCUUCUACACGGCCAUGGGCGGCACCGUGCUCACCUUCGUGUGCGCCGUCUUCUCCGCGCAGGCCGAGAUCGCCACGUCCAGCGACAAAGUGCAGGAGGAGAUCGAGGAGGGCAAGAGCCUCAUUUGCCUCCUGUGAAGCUCCGACGCCAACGUCGCCGACCACUAAAGACGCCGGGCGGGAGGAUGCUACCGGCGCUGUGUCGUUGCCGGCCUCCUGCCAACGGGGGGGCCACCUUGAGAGGAUCCUGACUUUUGUACAUAGCCGGCUUUCAUGUCUUCACCGAGGGAACCACCACUUCGCCAUAAUAGAACUACUCACCUCAAGAGUGGACAAAUGGAUCUUACAGAAUGUAGUGUGUUUGUUGGUGUGUGUGUGUGUAUGUGUGUGUGUGUGUGUGUGUGUGUGUGUGUGUGAGACCCUUGAAAUGUAUUGCUGAAAGGAUUCUUCAGUGCACCGCGUCCUAGCAUCUUGAGAGAGGAUGUCUCGCCAUGGCAACCACCACUAAAGCCCCUGCAUCGUGGGGAUGGGGCAGCAUCAGCAUUCCAGGAAGGACUAGUUAUUUUUUCCGCCCCCAUGAAGGACGUGUGUCUUGUUGCCGAGCGACCUGCUUUGUUGCCGACAUGAGGUCGGUGCACAAAGACGUGAUGAUGUUGUGUUUGCUGUUAGUCCGUGUGUGUGCAAGAAUAAAAGACCAAAAGGGAGACCAGGAGCUUCUGUUUGGCUUCUUUUCCGCUUGGCAAGGAGGGAGGAGACAAAGUAGGACGCUCACUUUGGUCCUUGAAGGUUCAUUUUGUUUUUGUUUUUUACUACCAAACAUAUUUAGGACUGUGAAUUGAUGUCACUGAAUUUUUUGGCACUUAAUUUUGGUUAUCAUUUCGUUAUUCGACAGCGAAUAAACGAAGACAACAGGGUGUUGCUG